GUGCACUUGGCUGGGCGGAAGCAGAGGCUUCCAGCACCUGGGAAGGUGAGGACGCGAGGGGGCUGUGAAGCUAGCUUCAGCUUCACCUCCCUCACUCAUUCAGCAUGGGGGAGAAGUCGGAGAACUGUAGUGUUCCAGAAGAUCUUUUCAAUGGUUUGAAAGUUACAGAUCCCCAGGAAGCAGCAUGUGCUCGCCCUGUGUUUUCUAAUCCCAAAGAUGACCAUUCUCAGAGCCAGCUGCGGGAGGCUGCUGAAGCCCAUCCCCACGAAGACCAGGAAGAAGAGGAGUGCUUUCACGCCUGCAGGUCCUCGUUUGAGGAGGACGAAGAGCCAGGAGUGGACAAGGUUGAGAACAAAGCCGAUGAUGAUGUGACUCCCUCCGAACCGGAUGAAGAAUACCUAAUGGAACUGGAAAAAAACAUGCCAGAUGAAGAGAAACAGAAAAGAAGAGAGGAGAGCACUAGACUAAAGGAGGCAGGGAAUGAACAGUUCAAGAAAGGAGAUUAUAUAGAAGCUGAGAGUUCUUACAGUCAAGCCCUUCAGAUGUGCCCAUCCUGUUUCCAAAAAGACAGGUCUAUUCUGUUCUCAAAUAGAGGUGCCGCAAGGAUGAAACAGGACAAGAAAGAGAUGGCCAUCAGUGACUGCAGCAAAGCCAUCCAGUUGAAUCCCACCUAUAUCAGGGCAAUAUUGAGGAGAGCAGAGUUGUACGAGAAAACUGACAAGCUAGAUGAAGCCCUGGAAGACUAUAAAUCCAUAUUAGAAAAAGAUCCAUCAGUUCAUCAAGCAAGAGAAGCUUGUAUGAGAUUACCUAAGCAAAUUGAAGAACGGAAUGAAAGACUCAAGGAAGAGAUGUUGGGCAAACUGAAAGAUCUCGGGAACUUGGUUCUCCGACCUUUUGGACUCUCCACAGAAAAUUUCCAGAUCAAACAGGAUUCCUCUACUGGCUCCUACUCCAUCAAUUUUGUUCAAAAUCCAAACAACAACAGAUAACAAAGAUAACAGUACAUGAAAGGCUGGCUGGAAGUUGUGUGCUGCUCGCCAUUGGCAUAGGCACAGGCCCUGCAAAACUUCACUGUAGACGCAUCUUAUCUCAGACAGGCUGCCCUGCGCCGGGCGCUGCCCAUUCUCCCAUCCCCUCAUGUAUCCUGAGCAGGGUCGGCCGCACCUCCUGUUGUCAGGAGCCUCUUGUGAUUUUAUUUCAAGGUGGUGUCUGCGCUAUUACCCCGGUUCUGUCCCUGGGGUCUGUCCGGGCUGACCUCCCAGAGGCAGCAGCAACACAAGCCCUGUUUGUAUCCCCUGGACCCAGCAGACCUGUGGACUGGGGAGAUUCUGAUGCACCUCCUGCCCACUGCCCCCUCCGAGGCACCCACCGCCAGGCUGCCUGCCGCCUGACUCCUGUGUGGUAAUAAACGCUUUCUCUGCUGGUCUGAGCUGGGUGAAUUUUGUCCCUCAAAACAGAGCAACAGGCUUCCCUGACUUGGGAGCUGGGCCAGUUCCAGCUCCACAAAUCUGCCCAGUCUUAAUUGAAGAUUUUGAAGAGGUGCCCUUAGCCCCUCAUCCUAGAAUCCCAACACCCCACCCCUCAUACACCUUAAAUGCCACCUCCAUCAUCUAAAGUUAGACUCACUUCACUCGAGAAUGGCAGCUUGUGACAAGAUCAUAUGCUUGGAGACCAUGGGAUGUGGGUUUUUUCCUAGAGAUAGUUGAUGCUGGUGAAACACUUUCCGGGGAUGUGGUUUGCAUGUCAAAGCGACCUGCCAGCUUCCCUUGGCAGCGGCAGAAGCGACGCCCACCUGCAGUGAGCGUGGUGGGGUGCUUUGCCAAGCCUGCCUCCCAGGUUAAGAUGGAACUCAGCGUGCAGUUUACUAGGGGACAGGGAGGUUAAUUUUGCUCUGCUGUCUUCUGCAUGUCAUUUUCCCAAAAAGGUUGUGAAACCUCACACGAGCUGUGUGUGCACCUGCUUCGGAAGCACAGCCAGCACAGUGUGGGGCUCAGCCUCACAUCUUUUGAUCAAAGGAGUCUUUCACACUGACAAGAUUUGAGGAGCUUUGGUGUCUUUGGAUUAUAUCUAUUGGUAUAAAACAUGUUAGAAAAUCAGUAUUUCUUAAAUACUUAAUCUCUCAAAAUGAAUACAUUUCAUGUUAAUAUGUUUAGAAAAAUAUCUUCUGUGUUGGUGAUAUUGUUUUACAUUUUUGCAAAUCUCUUUAAUGUGCAACUUGAUAGAAGACCGCUAGAUUCUCAGGCCCGCUUCUGUCCUCAGUUCAUCAGGAGGAUGGCACACCCUCAUCUUUGGAAAAUUGUGCGUGCUCAUGAUGGAAUGACCAUAAAAGCAGAGCCCCCUUAGCAUUGCUAUGAAAAGUUUGACCUCAGGGACACCUGAAAGGGUCUCAGGAACCUGGGGAUCCUCAAAGUACCUCGAGAACUGCUUCGCCAAGGCUGAGAAGAAAGGUCAGGACUGAGAUCCCUGCAAGGUCGUUUCUGCUUUCAGAGAAAAAGAAUUGUUUGCAUGGUAACAAGCUAAGACACCAGCAUCCCUGCAGGAUGGCGCGGUCUUGCUGCUUAGGCCUCCACCUCCGAUCCCCCCUCCACCACACAACCCCCUCAGGAUACACAUGGGGCUGGUGGCGGGUGCGUCUCAGGCGGCACAGUGUGCAUCUGGAGGAGAGGAAGGGAUCCGAGGUGAGUGUUUGCUUAAGCCAGGGAGUUCUUACCUACACCGUUACCUGAGUCCAAAGUCCAGGAAGACACGUGAAUUCAGACCUUUUAAAAAUGUCUGACAGUAAAAAAAUCUUGAAAGGGUUCAAAGAAGUUCGGGAAGUAUACGGGAAGAAGGGAAUUAAAAAUUGAAAUAAUGAUUUUCUAGCGUUUUAUACCUGUCUUUGUGUCCUGUAGCUCAAAUAGGUGAUUUUAAAGUUCUGUGAGCCUUCCUCUCAAAGUAUACACAAUUUACUUGGAAGGGAAUCACGCAGUGACAUUGUAUAUGCUCUCAUUCUAGUGGUACUGCUGUGGAUCAAAAUACUUUUGCACCUCCUAGAAUUUCUUCGAAGACUCAGACAUUUUAAAAAUACCAUAUCCUCUGGACUGCAAGUAGGCCCUGAGCUCCGAGAAGGUAAGGGCUCCACUUAACACACCAGCACCUACUGGUUGCGCAGGUGGGCCAGUCUCAGCUUCCAGGCCCUUCUCUUGGUACCUGUCCCUGGCUAUUAACCACUCUGUUAUCCUCCCCGUAGAUGCUAAGACACAGCCCAUGAUUCAGUGGUGCCUGCUGUUGGAAUGGGGGGUGGGGGACAGUGUGGUUUCCCCCUUCAGGCCACACUGACUCAGGACUUCCUGCACCUCCUCCAGAAGGGCCUGGCUCCUCUCCUUCAGCCAGCUGCACCUCUGCCAGGCGGCUUUCUAGGCAUUAGAUCCAGUAAUUGGGCCACAAAGCUUGUAGCCACUUGUGGAAUCAACUGUAGCCCCUCGAGCCACCGUGUAACCUCAGAUGCUGAGACUUUGAGGCCUGUAAGCUGGGCUGGGUUUUAAUCUUUGUAUCACAGUAAUGGCGAGCACUGGCCUUGAGACUUCAGAAGUCCCCAGCUUGUCCAGGAGCUGUGGCCUCCCAGACCCUCCCAACCCACGUUGCCCUCAGUCUGCUCUGCAUUUGUCUCCAGGCUGCAUCUUCACAGCCUCCCCAGCGGCACACAAGACCCUUCGCCCCCAGAACCAGGAUGGUCCCCACAGAAAGUGCUCGCUCAUGUGCUAGGACUCCCGUGCAGACAGUGGACCAAUCGCUUCCUUCUCGUGUCAGGGACUGGACCUGUGGUGAGAUGCUGUUCUUAGACCUCCUUCGACCCCCUUCCAGGAGCUCCAGGGUGCCCGUGCACCUCCCUGUCCUCACAAGCAGUUUGGGUUUUAUUUCCUUUUGCACUUCACCCCCUCCCCCAACCCCUGCCGCACACACACCCCCAAAAAAAAUGCCACAUCGUAUCACCUUACAAAUCACUGCUCCCAGGAACAGACUGCCAGGUGUGAGGUGGGGCAGCCUGGGGAGACAAGGCCUCAGACACACUUGAGUCAGAGGCAAGACUGACUGCUCAGGCAAGGGUCAAGCGGUGGCGUGUUUCUGAAGGCGGGGGUGGCUGGGGAGAGGUGGUGGCCCUGGUGUAAUUCCUGGGGUGGCUCAGUCCACAGCUACAGCUGUUUGAGGCCACACAGCACUUCAGCUCCACUCCAGCCUGUCUGAGGACCUGGUGCAGGUGGGAGACGUAGUCCUGACGAGGGGACGCACUUGUCAGCAAAGCUUUCACAAAAGAGGGAAGGCCGGGCCUCCCCGGUGGCGCAGCGGGUUGAGCACAGCCUCUUCAGUGCGGGUUUGAUUCCGGGCGGGCCAGGGAGAUUCCCACAUGGCGCGGCAGACCUCUACUGUCUCCCUCGCUGCUCCCCUCAGCAGUGCUUUCAGUUUGUCUGCCUGUUCUGCUCCCCACUCUCUCUGGUGAGUCCCCUCACCCUCCCGUGCCUCUGGCCUGUACCCCCCAGCUCUUACAUAAAUAAAAAAUAAAUCUUUGAAAAAACAAGGGAAGGCUGAGAAAGGACCAGAGGAUGUGAGGCAGCGGAGUGAGGUCAUGGUGCCCCGCUCACCCGAGAGAGAUUGGAGAGGGCCCAGCAACCCCAGGGCAGGGUACAGGUCAGAGACACCACGUGGGCAGAAAUCGGUUGGCAGCCCUGCCCCUGAUCGUGACUGGCUGUACCGGAGAGAGGAUCCAGGUGAGAGGGAAGCCCGUGAUGCCAUGCGCAGCCCAGCCUCCCUAAGCCUCCCAUCUUCCUGGGAUUUGUGUCCCCUCCCCAUUUCCUGCUGUUACCCAACCUGCCCUCCCCUCCUGUGGCGCUUACCCAACCCCUGCCCUUAGCCAGCUCCUUUCAGGGGGGCUCCUCUGCGCCUACAUACACGUCAGCCCUCCCAUCACCUGCGUGUGCUUUCAAACAGGAGGUGGGUGCACAUUUCACCACAGGGGCAGGACAUCUGUUCCUGGGGGCGGCCGAGUAAGAGCUGCAGAGAGAGGCUGUCAUCUCCAGUCACCCCUGCUGUGUGAAGAGCCACCCUGAGCCCACACUGUUAAUGAGAAAUGGAUCCCCCAGCAGAGCUGGAGGUGCAGAUACCUGGAAGGAUGUGGGGGGCCGUCAGAGACCCCAGCGGCAACUUAUGAAAAUGGGUCAUGGUGCUCUCCCUCCUGUGUGCAGGCGCCCACCGCAUCCUCCUGGCCCAAGCUGGUAAGCGCCCACAGGAAGGGCGGGCACGUGGGUGCUCAUUU